CCUUCCAGCUAGGUUUUCUUUGCUCUUUUAUUUUUUUAGAUGCGUUACUGUGCCUGUAGAGACUUCGUUGCUUCGCCUCGGACCGAUGUGACUCUGGGGGAAGGAUCAUGACCGAAGUCCUUCUCUCUGCUGCUCUGAACGGAACUGAACCCAACCUGUUAUCCAGCAGCAGCUGGUCUGCGGGAAACGUCACCACCAAGUGCUCCCUGACCAAAACCGGCUUCCAGUUCUAUUACCUGCCCACCGUCUACAUCCUGGUCUUCAUCACUGGGUUUUUGGGCAACAGCGUGGCUAUCUGGAUGUUUGUCUUCCACAUGAAGCCUUGGAGCGGCAUCUCGGUUUACAUGUUCAACUUGGCACUGGCCGAUUUCUUGUAUGUCUUGACUCUGCCCGCCCUCAUCUUUUACUACUUCAACAAAACAGACUGGAUCUUCGGAGAUAUCAUGUGCAAGCUGCAGAGGUUCAUCUUCCACGUGAACCUGUACGGCAGCAUCCUGUUCCUGACCUGCAUAAGCGUGCACAGGUACACGGGAGUGGUGCACCCCUUGAAGUCGCUGGGGAGGCUGAAAAAGAAGAACGCCAUGUACAUCAGCAGCCUGGUCUGGGUCCUGGUGGUGGCCGCCAUUUCUCCAAUACUCUUCUACUCGGGAACAGGGAUAAGGAAAAAUAAAACCAUUACGUGCUACGACACAACGGCUGAUGAUUACCUGAGAAGUUACUUCAUUUAUAGCAUGUGCACCACAGUGCUGAUGUUCUGCAUCCCCUUCAUAGUGAUUCUCGGUUGCUAUGGGCUCAUCGUGAAAGCUUUGAUUUACAAAGAUUUGGACAACUCUCCUCUCAGGAGAAAAUCGAUUUACCUGGUCAUUAUUGUGUUGACAGUCUUUGCAGUGUCUUACCUUCCCUUCCACGUGAUGAAGACCUUAAAUCUAAGGGCCAGGGUGGAUUUUCAAACCCCGGAUAUGUGUGCCUUCAACGAUAAGGUUUAUGCCACUUACCAAGUGACGAGGGGCCUGGCCAGCCUCAACAGCUGCGUAGACCCCAUCCUUUACUUCCUGGCAGGUGACACCUUCCGAAGGCGGCUUUCCCGGGCCACCAGGAAAUCAUCCAGAAGGAGCGAACACAAUGUGCAGUCCAAAAGUGAGGAAAUGACUCUCAAUAUUUUAACAGAGUAUAAACAGAACGGAGAUACCAGUUUGUGAACAAAUGAAGAUGAUUUGGGAACAGUUUGAAAAAAAUCCUCUGCUUUGAGGCAGUAGGAGACUGUAGGGCUUACAAGUGUGUGAGGAAAAUCUACCAGUCUCAAUUGUUUUUUUAGAUAAAGCCUCAUUUUCUGGUCUUAGAAAAAGCUUAACAAAGUCAGUGGAAGAAUUUUAAUGGAAAAUAAUGUGUCAAAAUUCAGCUUUCCUUCAGUAGUUUCAUUUAUUUCUGACUUGUGUCAGAUAAAGUAAAAUGAAAUAAAUCCCCUAAAGGAGGAGAGCAAUCCAAGUGCAUCUGGUUUAAUGACUUAGUCUCCCACGUUUGAAAAUGUUCUCAGUCAGCCUGUCUUUAAAAACAGGAAAUAAAAGUAAGAGCAGAGUCUUGUCUUCUGAGGCUCAGUCACAGACCAGGCUUUCUGCUCACUCGCUGUUGUACGCAAGGAUUUAAAUCAAAGUCACGAUGCAGUUAUCAUUUUCAGUUUCAUUAUUUUUUUCAUCUAGUGCUGAUAAUGACUUGAUAGUGCGGUGGCAUUUAUGGUUCAGUCCUCUUUCAGUGCCGGUGUUUUACUCGAGGUAGGCUUUGCUGGUGUGUGCAUGGUUGUGCUUUGGGAUUGCGAUGGUUGUUCGUGGCCAGCCUGGCCCCUCCGCGGCCAGGGCUCCCCGCUGCCCGGGCCCCUCGGGUGUCCCCGGGCGCUGCCGGGCGCGCAGGCGCUGCCGGCGUGGGGAGCGGGGCCGUGCGGGGUCACGGGGCUGUGCGGGGUCACGGCUGUGUGUGGGGUCAUGGCUCGCUAUGGGGUCACAGCUCCAUGCAGGGUCAUGGCUGUGUGCAGGGUCACAGCUCUGUGCAGGGUCACGGCUCUGUGUGGGGUCAUGGCUCGCUAUGGGGUCACAGCUCCGUGCGGGGUAAGAGCUCUGUGCAGGGUCAGGGCUCUGUGCAGGGUCAGGGCUCUGUGCGGGGUCAGGGCUCUGUGCAGGAUCAGGGCUCUGUGUGGGGUCACAGCUCUGUGUGGGGUCAGAGCUCU